AAAGAAGUACUGUAGGUGACCUAGUCACCAGGAUGGCAAGAUGCAAUUCCAAGAUGCCUGCUCUGCAGCCUGAAGGAGUUCUCUUCAGAGACCUCUGCUCAGAUGUAGCCUGGACCCUCUGACUUACAUUGCAGAAGACAAUAUUUCCCAAAGAAUAAGGAAGAUGGAAGCAUCUGCAAACCAGUUGCAGCCACUGAGUGAGAGUCAAGUGGCCAACUCGGAGGGCGGAUACGUAUGGCAGGUCACAGACAUGAACCGGCUGCACCGUUUCUUGUGUUUUGGUUCUGAAGGUGGUACCUACUAUAUCAAAGAACAGAAGCUGGGUCUCGAAAAUGCCGAAGCCUUAGUAAGAUUGAUUGAAGAUGGCAGAGGAGGUGAAGUGAUCCAGGAAAUCAAGUCGUUUAGUCAGGAAGGCAGGACUGCCAAACAAGAGCCCUUGCUGUUUGCACUUGCCAUUUGUUCCCAGUGUUCGGACACAAAGACCAAACAGGCAGCCUUUAAAGCUGUGCCCGAAGUUUGUCGCAUUCCAACCCAUCUCUUCACUUUUAUCCAGUUUAAGAAAGAUCUGAAGGAAAGCAUGAAGUGUGGAAUGUGGGGGCGUGCUCUCCGGAAGGCCGUUGCAGACUGGUACAAUGAAAAAGGUGGCAUGGCCAUUGCUCUGGCAGUUACAAAAUAUAAGCAAAGGAAUGGCUGGUCUCACAAAGAUCUCUUAAGACUGUCACAUCUUAAGCCUUCCAGCGAAGGACUUGCUGUUGUGACCAAAUAUAUCACAAAGGGUUGGAAAGAAGUUCACGAACUGUAUAAAGAAAAGGCACUUUCUGUGGAGACUGAAAAAUUGUUAAAGUAUCUGGAGGCUGUGGAGAAAGUGAAGCGUACGAAAGAUGAGCUGGAAGUCAUUCAUCUAAUCGAAGAACACCAGUUAGUUAGGGAACAUCUGCUCACAAACCACUUGAAGUCUAAAGAGGUAUGGAAGGCUUUGUUACAAGAAAUGCCCCUUACUGCACUCCUGAGGAAUCUGGGAAAGAUGACCGCUAAUUCAGUGCUUGAACCAGGAAAUUCUGAAGUAUCUUUAGUGUGUGAGAAACUGUGCAAUGAAAAACUGCUCAAAAAGGCUUGUAUGCAUCCAUUUCAUGUUUUAAUUGCAUUAGAAACCUACAGAAUAGGCCAUGGGCUUAGAGGAAAACUGAAGUGGACUCCAGAUAAAGAAAUUUUGCAAGCAUUGGAUGCUGCUUUUUAUAAAACAUUUAAGAUGGUUGAGCCGACUGGGAAGCGUUUCCUGCUGGCUGUUGAUGUCAGUGCUUCUAUGAACCAGAGAGUUUUGGGUAGUAUACUCACUGCUAGUACUGUUGCUGCAGCGAUGUGCAUGCUGGUCACACGAACAGAAAAAGAGUCUUCAGUAGUUGCUUUUGCCUGUGAUAUGGUACCGUUUCCUGUGACUACAGACAUGACCUUGCAGCAGGUUUUAACAGCUAUGACUAAAGUCCCAGCAGGUAGCACCGAUUGCUCUCUUCCAGUGAUCUGGGCCCAGAAGACAAACACAGCUGCGGAUGUCUUCAUUGUGUUCACUGAUAAUGAGACCUGUGCAGGACAGGUGCCUCCUGCUGUUGCCCUGAGGGAGUACCGAAAGAAAAUGGAUAUUCCUGCUAAAUUGAUUGUUUGUGGAAUGACAUCAAAUGGUUUUACCAUCGCAGACCCAGACGAUAGAGGCAUGUUGGAUAUGUGCGGCUUUGAUACUUCGACUCUGGAUGUAAUUCGAAAUUUUACAUUGGAUAUAAUUUAACCAUAAGUACCAGAAUGACCUGAGGGGUUCACUGCUGUAGUGGGCUUCAUGGAAAAGUUACAGCUACUUCCCAGCUAAAUGCAGUAGUGAGCAGUGUCAUCAGAGUGUGCGUGAUGGAAAUGAACUUUGCCAAGAGCAGGAAAAGAGGGAAGGAAGGAAGGAAGGAAAAUCAUGUUGAGCCCAAAGGUGCAUGUACUCAGUAGCUCUUGAGAAGUCUUCAGGAUACUGUAGCUUUCUCCAUAGAGAACUUCUUUUUAAUAGACACUGUAAAAUCGUCAUGUUUUACUCCGGUGAAUCACUCAUUUGUACUUUCAGCAGCUAAGAUGCAAAAGUGUAAGUAGCCUCACAUGUCACUUGUUUGAGAAGUGCUUGUUUUCUUAAAUGUUUUCAUUGGAAACGGACAGUUUUGAUACUGUCCAAAUACUCUGAAGUGCACUAGACCAUGUGACUGUGACGGAAAUGAACCUCACAGGGUAAACUUUAUACAAAGGGGUUUAAAAAAAAUACUAAGACACUUGGUACAACUAAAUUAUGAAGAGUUUUACAAAUCCAGAGUUUUCUAAGAUCAUAUGAACAACAGCUUUCUUAUUCAAUGAAAAGGGUGUUUUAUUUCAAGUGUUUUGUUUGUACUUGCUAGAUUUUGUUGUCAUUUAGUCAAAACAUGAUGGCCAUCCCUAAGGGACUUGUUGAGUUCGUGUAAGCGGAGGAAUUUGAUUGUGUCCUUGUAUUUACUGCCGUAAGUGAAGACACACUUAAUGAUUCCCUCUCAGCAUCAACAGUGUCUCUUACUUACCACUUUCCUGUUUUCUUUAUGGAAACAAAGUGUUUCCAUGUUUAGUCCCCCAUCCAUAAUCCUGGUAGUAUAACAGUUGAAAUCUCAACUGUUAAACUCUUCCCAUACCUCUAAAAUACCUUUAACUACAUUUUAUAUUUUUCUAAUAUUAAGUUUAUCUGUAGUCUUUUCUAUUUGUGUCCACUAUUCAUCUUGUGUCUUAUUUCUUAUUGGAUAGAAGUAUAGAAAGUAUAGAAAUAAUAAAGCAAGCUAGAUCCUUCAAGUUCAAAGGCAAUUUUAGAGUAGGCAGCUAUGAACCGGUCAGUCUGUGUAGGAAAUCUAAAAACUUGCUUUGUGUAACUUAAACUUCUUUUUUGCCAUACUAACAUACAUUCUUUUCUUGAGCAGUCUCAUUUUCAUUGGGAGGUUUAGCAUGAAAAUGGCCUAUUGAAAGGCUAACAAUUGUUCUCUCGAUUUUGGAAUGGUAUCUAAGGUAGUUUAAUACUAAAACUUUAAUUUUUUCUGAAUUCUUUAAAUAUUGAAGAUUUACUGAGGGCUUAUAAAGCCCUCUCACUUUAUAUGAAAAGUCAAAACUAGAAAGUGUAGGUUACAUAACCUUAUAUAUUUAGAAGGUAAAGUUUUUUAUUUUGGGAGGAAAGUGUCUUUGCUAUUGUGAAAAUUUGUGUAUACAUGUUCUUCUUUUUCCUAAGAAAAUUAGGCUCUGAGAAUAGGAAAAUGUUCCCUUCUGAUAGAUUUCCUAUAUAAGCGAGGUUGACUCUGUAGCUGUUCUUUCUUUCUCUGCCGGCCUCCCACCCCGUAGGUAUUCUUUCCAGCCAGUAACAGUUCUCCUGUGGUUCUCUCUGUGUGGUUAGCAAAGAUAGUAUUAUUCCACUCUAAACGCCAUGGCUUCUGAUGCUGUUCUGGCUUUAACCCUGAUCACAUGGGGAAUUUCACAUCUUUACUUUUGGUACAUUAAAGUUUCAUAUUCAAACUGAAUUUAAGAAAAACUCUAAGAAUUACAUGAGAGCUAUUGACUUCUUAAACCCAGGAUCUAGUUUUAAUAUCAUCUAACUUAUUAAAUGUUACAUGGGUUAUUAUAUAAAUGCUUCUUUUGCUUCUGUGCUAUUUGGAUAGUGCUUUUAGGCAAGCAGAGUAUGUCUAGGAGCAAAUAUUUAAUCCAUCAGGGAAAUCAGAUUAGAGGAGACCCUUCUAUAGUAUUUAGGUAGGCCUAAUUAAAUAGGUUAAGAUUGAAGACAGGAGCCAGGUGUGGUGGCACAAGCCUUAUUCUUAGUACCGGGAGGCAUGGGCAGGUAUAAGUAGUGAGACCUUCUCAAAAAAAAAAAAAAAAUUAAGAAAGAAAAACAGAGAACAAAAGAAGACCCCACUGAAAGCUGUUUUAUCUUCAAAUCACAAAAAUUAAGACUGGAAAGAAAUCUUAGAUAACUUUUUUUCCUGCUGUCCUAGAGCUAUGUGGACCAGGCUAGUCUCAAACUCACAGAGGUUCUCUGGCCUCUACCUCCCAAGUGUUGGGGUAAUAGACAUAUGCCACCAUCCCGAGCAUAAGGCUGGAUGAUUUUGGAGACGGGUGGCCUAAGAAGGCUUUGCCACUCUGGGUACCAUUUAGCUUUUCUUUCUCCUACAUGGGAGCUCAUUGCUUUAAUAAGAGAUAUGGUAGAAUUAUGCAAAAAUUUAUUCAGACAUUAGGAAUUGAUGAUAUGCAUAAUUGCUUUAGGAAAUUGUGAACAUAUAUGUUUUUUUAAUUUGGAAUAACUCUCAAACACAAUUAUGUCUUAACAGCCUAUGUUGCUAUGUAAUAUAGUCCCAUAGAAAGGAUUUACCUCAUUAAGCAUAGGAUAUACUCAAGUGGUAAACAAGUUUUAUUUUUCAAAUUACCACUAGGGUUACUCUUAAAUAAAUAGUAUGGAAAAUACUGCUUUAAAAAACAAUCUUAAGAAAAAUAAACUUUAUUUCCUAAAUACUAUGUAAAUAUUUCCAAGAUUUAGUUGUUAUUAGUAAAACAAAACACGAAUCUUUUCAUCUCACCGUUUUCUAUUAGUAGAAUUGCACUUAAUGAAAACUAAUAGUGAGUGGUUUAAGAGUGUGAGGCGUAUGCUAGCGAGUAGAAUUUACUUCACCCUUUGCAGCCUCUUGUUUCUUUUCAAGUGUUGUGUCCUUAGAGACAGCAGUUUAACAUACGUGUGAAAAUUUGGCUCUUCUACAAAUUAACGUAUCUUAUUCUUAGAUUGUAGAAGAACCAGCAGCUUAAUAUGUACCUAAAAUUGAAGCCAGAAAGGUGGUCUUUCAAUACCAGUUCAACAUAAUUUUUAAUUAUAAACACUAAGAUGUCACUAUUCUCUGAUUAAAGUGAAAGAAGAAAUAUACUUCAAAAAAAAAUGGAAGCAAAGCUCAAAAUUAAAAUACCACCGUGCUGUUAAUGACAGGCACUUGCUUAUAGUAACCUAUUUGAAUAACGAGUCUGCAACUGACAAAACACUGUUUGACAGCUUGUUCUCACUUUUCUAGAUUUUGAAAAAAAAUCAAAGCAGUAUAAAUUUGAGAAUAUAACUAUUAAGAACCAUCUUUAGAAGCACAGUAAAGAGACAUCUAAGCAGGAAAUGAAGGCUAAAUUGUUGUAAGUUCUUGGAGUUUUGUUUUGUUGUUGUUGUUGUUGUUGUUGUUGGGUUUGUAUGUGUGUGUGACUUAAAUAUAUUGUCACAGGGCCGGCAAGAUGU